GAAACUGCUAAAGAACGGGAGGGAAAAACUUGUAAGAACAGAAAAUAUGUUGUACGAUUCUAUGAUGACUUUGAAAAGUCUUACCUUUGACACUUCAAAGACCUAUAAAGGAACCUACGUUUGCAGAGCUAAUCUUGGAGAAACAACAUCGGAGCAAACUUUCAACGUGAUGCCAUUCGAGCCUGCAGAAUUUGACCUUAGCAAGACCGGGGUUGUGAAGAACACGACGGACAAUGUUGUUCUGUCCUGUAAAGGUCGUGGUAGACCGAGGCCGAAAGUUAUACUGCAGGUGUACAGCGAGAAUGGACAAGAAAUGACAUCGCCAGAGUUUCAGAUAGAGGAGCAAAUCAAAGGACACACUUCUCGUAAAACUGUGACAUUGCCGUCGGAGGAGGUCAAAACCGUGCAUACUGUGCUAUGUACUCUGCUGCAAAAAGAAGGAUCACACGCAUACGAAUCAAAACCCAAGUACAAGAUUGAGAUAUUUCCUGGAUUGAUAAUGGAGGAAGACUUUGACCGGUUUCCCAACACCACUUCUCUCUUUUAUCACUAAAAUGGCGCUCUUAAUGUCGUGGUUGAUUUAGACCUGGCACGCCCCUGUCAACGGAGAUCACCAUAACGACAUAGUGUUGUUUUGUACAAUGGCAACUACAGUAGUAUUUAUCGAAACAUGUUUAGAUUGAAAGAGUGUUUUCUUUUGAGAGAUAUAUGCUUGUAUUUAUAGUUAUAUAACUUGUAAAGUAUUUAUUGGACAACUGCAAGAAAGAAGGUUUUGUUUAAUCUGUGUCAAAGUCAACGGUUCUGUUGACGUAGCAAAAAGGAGUUAUAAUAAGUUAGUUGGUGCAUAAACGUUCGGAGAAGAUAGAUUACGUUGCACGACGUGUACAUAAAAUUGUAAAUGUUGUGAUUCGCAACUACUUUAUUAUCACUAUUAUGUUAGCGAUAGUUUC